GUUGGGUGGGGCUUCUUUGGAAGUGGAAAUAUUGUGGCGGCCUUGAAACAUGUGGGAACAACCACUUGGCUCAGGGAGAUAUUAAAAAUGUCCGUGAGGACAUCCCUGAGCUCCUCGGCACAGUCCUUUAAAACAUGACCAGGUAUGUUAUCCAGUCCAGCUGCCUUGUGUGGGUUAAUCCUGGAGAGGGUCUUCUUCACGCUGGCUGUGGACAGACACACAAUCUCCUCGCCUGGGGGCGAGGUGGUCUUCAGUGCUGGUGUGUUGUUCUGUGUUUCAAAGUGGCCAAAAAAGUCACUGAGGGUGUUCAGCACAGAGAUGCCACUAUCACAAAUCUGGGGUGAGGGUUUGGAUGGCUCACCAGAGACUCUGUGCAUCUCUAGUGUUGCUGAAGUGUCCAGAUAUUUUCUUGCUGUAUUGGCAUUUUGCCUCCCUGAUUCCACGGGACAGGUUGGCUCUUACUUGCUAGGCCUGCGGUGUCGCCGGCGCUAAAGGCUGCAUCCCGGAGCCCUCAGGAGUCUGUGAACCUCACCUGUCAUCCAUGGCCUCUGGUUGGCAUGAACAGUAAUAUUUUUGCAGUAAGUGACAUCAUCAAUGCACUUUGAUGUAUGCUGUGACGGCCUCAGUGUAUUCCUCUAUAUCUAUGUGAUUGUUGUGAGUGGCUGCUUGCUUGAAAAUGUCCCAGUCUGUAGUGUCAAAACAGUCCUUCAGAGCACAAGAAGCCCCCUCCGGCCACACACGUACCUCCUUUUGUGUUGUUCUGAUGACUCUCACUCUGGGUCUGUAUGCAGGUCUCAGCAUGAUGGUGAUGUGAGACCCAGGUAGGGGAGGGGGGAGGCGUUGUAUGCUCCCUUGCAUGCAGUGUACACAAAGUCCAGUGUGUUGUCUCCUCUCAUCAGAAAGUCCACAUGGGAUGCAGAUUGGGCAGUAAAACCUUUAAAUCCACGUGAUGGAAGUCCCCAGCUGUGAUGAGGAAUCCGCCUGGGUGGACCGUCUGUUGUUCAUUGAUGGCCUGGUAGAGUUCAUUUAGUUGCUCACUCAUAUCUCUGGUGUUAGCAGUGGGAGGAAUGUACACAGCUAUCAACAGAAUUAAUGAGUACUCCCUACAUAAAUAGUAAGGCCGACACUUGAUGAUAAUAAACUCCAUCAUUGGAGAACAGUGUUUAUGAAUAACAGCAGCGUCCCGACACCAAGCAUUGCUGAUGUAAACACAAACUCCCCCUCCACAUGUUUUACCUCCUUCCACAAGGACUCGGUCAGCUCGGUAGCAUGUUAGCCCAGCUAGCUGGAUAGUGGAGUCCGGGAUGUUGUCGUUUUGCCGUGUCUCCGUAAAGAUGAAAACACAGCAGUUCCUUGCAUCAUGCCGGGCAGAUCUCAGGAGCUCAGGAGCAUGGCUGGCAGUUGGCCCCUCUCUCUCUGUGCCACGUAUGAAACCUCGUUGUAGAAGAGCCAAGCAGGGCUGGGCCACUAGGAAAGCUUUCCACAAGACCAGGCUCUAUGAAGUUUCAAGCGUGACGUCUUCCUGAACUGAGCAACAUACACCAAACAGAGGACUGAAUGGAAAACAGAAGUUGGGUCUCCUGGUCCUGCCUCCAUCGCUCCCCAUUUUAUCAUUACCUCCAGCCCAUCCUAUCCAACCUUAACCACACAACUGAUUUCUCUUUCCUUAGGCUUCCUUAGAUGUUUUUAAUUUAUUAUUUCCUCCCUAAUCUUUAACCCAAGCAUCCAGUCCUUUCUCCUGCACUUCCUGGUUGUGUCUGGCCAGUUAAGAUCACUAUGUGGUCCAACUUCUUUGUGCAACAAGAUGAAGAGGGUCGACUUGGGGUGGCAGGAGCUGGACAAGGUUGGGGUUGGGGUGGAAUGAAAUUUGGAAGAGGACCGAGGAGAACCCACAAGAUGAGCGACAGCCAGGAGGGAAAGAUCAAGCUGGCAUUUUUUGUGUCUAUCAUUGGUGUGACCCUGACGAUCCUGGGCAUGGGGACAGAGUUUUGGGUGGAGCUGGCCCAACCAAAGAACUUCAGUGGCAACCAGACCUGCCAGAUGGUCCAUUAUGGCCUGUGGAAGGCUACCGCGUAUCUGUGUGAGUUUGUGUUCAUGUGUCGGUGUGUUCUCUGCGCUGCCUACAAGGUGAGCAGUGUGUACAUGGGUUUGAUCUCUUUAUCUGAUCUUUUCUUUUUACCCACAGAAUCCAACUGCACCUACUUCAAAUUCUUCACAUCUGGGGAGAACGCGGUCAUAUUCAAAAAGACCACUAACAAGAAUCUGAAUCUUGCAGCAGCUAUUUUGGCCCUUCUGAGCCUGACCAUGAUGGUCACAGGCUCCAUCUGUAUCGCCAUGUCACUCAGCAAAGGAGUGCACUUCUUUCUCAAGCCAGCCUCCUUCUGUUUCAUCCUGUCAGGUGUACUGGUCCUUCUUUCCAUCCUGAUAUUCCACCAGUCCAUGCUGGCCCUGCUGUCCAGUGACCACUCCAUACCUUUGCACCAUAAGCUGUCCUGGUCCAUAGCUUGUAUGGCCUCCGCUGGCGCCAUUCUUAUUUUUGGAGGCUUUCUUUUCAUUAUCCUCUCCCUUCCUUUCAGCCCCUGGCAGAAAUGUUUCCCACACAAGAACAGUGGCACCUAACACUUGAAUGCUGAAAUAUGCAUAUAGUAUUCUUGAUGUUCUGUUUGAGAGCAAGGACAGAAUAAAAGCCCAUUUUUGGAGGGCUGCUGUUGGAAUUGAACUUGUCAGAGAUGUCAUACUACGUCUUAAUUAAAAUAAAUACAGAAAAAGAAUCCACACAUGAUGAAGUCCUCUAGAGUUAGGCAAAUAUUUUAUGUUUUUUAGUAGAAAAUACAAGGAGGGGGGACAGGACUACUGCUAACUGUUUAGGUUUUAAUGUUUACUGGGGUCAUAGAUAAGCUUGUUAGCCUACCUGUAGCUGUACAACCACACAAAUAUAAUCUUUCUGCUAGCACAAGUAACAAACACAUCUCUUUUUUUAAAACCUUUUGUAGGUGGUUUGAUAUGAUAAAACAUGUUUGUCCAUGCCCUCUAGAUUUACCCUUAAGUGUUUUUGUUUUUUUAUCUGACUCCGCUAUUGGUAGAACUACAUAAUUUGUCUGUGACUUCCAAAGUCAUUACAAAUCACUGUUGAAAAGUAAAUUCAUUUUACAAUGUGACAGUGCUAUGGUUAAAGUUUGCUUAGGUUUAGGCACAAAAAUAAUUUGAUUGCAAGGAAGGAGAAUGCUUUGGGCUGAAAUAAGUACCUUGCUGAGGUUGGAGAAACAUUGUGAUUUGGGUUGAAAUGACUAUUUCAUUAAAAUUAAGGGGCCUUCAUCUUCAUGGCAACAAUGGUUAAGGUUAGACAAAGAAAAAAUCAACGACACUGACACACUGAUGAUACAAAAUUAUAAGUUUUAUGAUACAAAAUUAUAAGUUCUAAGUUGUCCAGGUGUAAAUGGGUUUCUAUAGUUGAAAAUUCCUAACAUACUUUUGGAAUGUAUUGUUGUCAGUGAAGCAACAUAUGCCUUGUUUUGAUGCUGUCAAUAGAUUAUGGAUGAGUACUUUAAAAUGUUACUUGGCAUAUCUGCUACAUGUUGGCUUAUGAACCGAGUCAAACAGUAUCAUAAAUAUUCUAGCAAUAAGUCCUAUGAAGCUUCUUAACACAUAAUUCUUGAUUAAAAAAGCUUUCAUUGCCAUUAUUUAUUACUUACUAUAUGCGUUUUACAGCUAUUGUAAGAAGGUUGCUUCAGUAUAUUAAUGUAUGUUGAAUAAAAUCAACUGUGAGAAAAGACUAAAAUAUCAUUUUGUAUGUACAUAAAAUUAAUGUGUUUAUACUUUAUGAACAGGUCACUGUUUGUUGUGUUGUCUGUAGUCACUUUAUUUGCAAAAAAUAAGCCAUAAAUGUACUUUAUUUUUGUCACAGGAUGCUCAUCCUCUCUACUAUUCUACAUAAUGUAAACUGUGUUCAGUUCCACUCAUAUGUAUGUACAGUAUG